GAAGGUUACUAUACUGGGAAAUAUAAGAGAUAUUAUCCAAUGGGCUUUGUUGAAAGAAAUUUUCCAAAUCCCUAUGUUCGUACCACCUACACAAUCAAGCGAUCCCUGGUUCACAAGUAUUGGAUACUCAUCUUCCUAUUACUGUUAGGACUUUUUAUAUUACUUGUAUACAUACUAUUCGCUGUGAUCAGAAUAGGCUUGAAGGAAGAUGAGCAACAAAAACGCCGCGCGGAAAUCGAGUUAAACGGCGAAUUUUUUGUAAGAGUGGAUCCUUACAGCACGUUGAACAAGAAUUUCUGCGACAGCGAUGAUUCAGAGAGCAUUGAGAACCCUAACGAUAGACGGUAA